AUGGCAUCGAUCUAUACCGGUCCGGAAACAAAAGGCUGGUGGCGUCCGGUGUGCUAUAUACCCAUACGUUUGGAUGGGAAACUGGCAAUUGUGACCGGUGCCAGCUCGGGUAUCGGGAAAUCGGUUGCUGCCGAGUUGGCUCGUCGCGGAGCUGAAGUGAUUAUGGCCUGCCGGGAUCUGGAUAAAGCCCAGACUGCCAAAGAUGAUCUUCUUGCAGUAUAUGGUCCGGCAAAUCCGGAUUGUGUGAAAAAGGAUGUGGUUGAUGCAAAAAUGUCCGAGAUUGUUUCCCCAAUCAAAGCGGAAUUAGUGAGUCUAAAUAGUGUUCAGAUUUUUCUGUGUUCGUUAUUAGUGUUAGAAAAUCUCUCGUACACCUGUAUCCCUCAAGCCCAAUCCCCAUACUCAUAUUCUGCAGUUCGAUUCUUGUUCAUUUCGUUUGAUAUACUCCACAGUUUUAUUUUUGGUCUCCGAUUCUCCUCUUUCAUAAUUACUUUCUUCAUGUCUCUACAAACUUGUAGCGCAAGAAUUAUGAAAUAUUUCUUGUUCAGUGGAAGCAGUUUUUUUAUCUUCUAUCACCUUUGGCAAGCCCCGAAUUUGUCCGACUGUCUCACUAUAGUAUCUCUCUAUUAUUCUGACAUUUUCUGA